GCAGCCGCCGCCUGGGCCGCCCCGAGUCCCCGGUGGAGCCGCCGCCGCCGCCGCCCGGAGCUCGAUGCGGACGGAGCCCGGGCCGGGCCAUGGGGAUCCUCAGCAUCACGGACCAGCCGCCCCUGGUCCAGGCCAUCUUUAGCCGCGAUGUGGAGGAAGUCCGAUCCCUGCUCUCGCAGAAGGAGAACAUCAACGUGCUGGACCAAGAGAGGCGAACCCCACUGCAUGCUGCUGCCUACGUAGGCGAUAUCCCCAUCCUCCAGUUGCUACUGAUGUCAGGUGCUAAUGUCAACGCUAAAGACACACUGUGGCUGACCCCUCUUCAUCGUGCUGCUGCCUCCCGAAAUGAGAAGGUGCUGGGGUUGCUGCUGGCACAUGCAGCAGAUGUGAAUGCCCGGGACAAGCUGUGGCAGACACCGCUGCAUGUGGCUGCUGCCAACCGGGCCACCAAGUGCGCCGAGGCACUGGCACCCCUGCUGAGCAGUCUCAAUGUAGCUGACAGGAGUGGACGCAGUGCCCUGCACCAUGCAGUACAUAGUGGGCAUCUUGAGACAGUGAACCUGCUUCUCAACAAGGGAGCCAGCCUGAAUGUCUGUGACAAGAAGGAGCGGCAGCCUUUGCACUGGGCAGCAUUCCUAGGGCACUUAGAGGUUCUGAAGCUGCUGGUGGCACGGGGAGCAGAUCUCGGCUGCAAGGAUCGAAAGGGCUACGGGCUGCUCCACACGGCUGCUGCCAGUGGCCAGAUCGAAGUGGUCAAGUACCUGCUCCGGAUGGGAGCUGAGAUCGAUGAGCCCAAUGCUUUUGGAAACACAGCUUUGCACAUUGCCUGCUACCUGGGCCAGGAUGCUGUGGCUAUUGAGCUGGUGAAUGCAGGAGCCAAUGUCAACCAGCCGAAUGACAAGGGCUUUACACCACUGCAUGUGGCGGCAGUAUCCACCAACGGCGCGCUCUGCUUGGAGCUCUUGGUCAAUAAUGGGGCAGAUGUCAACUACCAGAGCAAAGAAGGGAAAAGCCCUCUGCAUAUGGCUGCCAUCCAUGGCCGUUUCACCCGCUCCCAGAUCCUCAUCCAGAAUGGCAGCGAGAUUGAUUGUGCCGACAAAUUUGGGAACACGCCACUGCAUGUGGCUGCACGCUACGGACACGAGCUGCUCAUCAGCACCCUCAUGACCAAUGGCGCAGAUACCGCCCGGCGCGGCAUCCACGACAUGUUCCCCCUGCACUUAGCUGUCCUCUUUGGAUUCUCCGACUGUUGCCGUAAGCUUCUUUCCUCAGGUCAGCUGUACAGCAUCGUGUCUUCUCUCAGCAAUGAGCAUGUGCUCUCAGCUGGGUUCGACAUCAAUACACCUGACAACCUUGGCCGCACCUGUCUUCAUGCUGCUGCUUCCGGAGGGAAUGUUGAAUGUCUUAACCUGCUGUUGAGCAGCGGAGCUGACUUGAGGAGGAGAGACAAAUUUGGAAGAACCCCCCUGCACUAUGCAGCCGCCAAUGGCAGCUACCAGUGUGCUGUCACACUGGUGACUGCUGGCGCGGGCGUCAAUGAGGCCGACUGCAAAGGCUGCUCUCCCCUUCACUAUGCAGCCGCCUCUGACACCUACCGGAGAGCGGAACCCCACUUAUCUUCCAGCCAUGAUGCUGAAGAGGAUGAGCCUUUGAAGGAGACCCGCAGGAAGGAGGCCUUCUUCUGUCUGGAGUUCUUACUGGAUAACGGUGCAGACCCCUCCCUGCGGGACAGGCAGGGCUAUACAGCCGUGCACUAUGCAGCCGCCUACGGCAACAGACAGAACCUUGAACUGCUCUUAGAAAUGUCCUUUAACUGCCUGGAGGAUGUGGAAAGUACCAUUCCAGUCAGCCCUUUGCACUUAGCUGCCUACAACGGUCACUGUGAAGCCCUAAAGACACUGGCUGAAACGCUGGUGAAUCUGGACGUGAGGGACCACAAGGGCCGCACCGCGCUCUUCCUGGCCACUGAGCGAGGCUCCACAGAGUGUGUGGAGGUGCUGACGGCUCACGGCGCCUCUGCCCUCAUCAAGGAGCGCAAGCGCAAGUGGACACCCCUGCAUGCUGCUGCUGCCUCUGGCCACACUGAUUCCCUGCACUUGCUGAUCGACAGUGGGGAGCGAGCUGACAUCACAGAUGUCGUGGAUGUCUAUGGCCAAACCCCACUGAUGCUGGCCAUCAUGAACGGUCAUGUGGACUGUGUACACCUGCUGCUAGAGAAAGGAUCCACAGCUGAUGCUGCUGACCUUCGGGGUCGCACUGCCCUCCACCGUGGGGCAGUGACUGGCUGUGAGGACUGCCUGGCUGCCCUGCUGGACCACGAUGCGUUUGUGCUGUGCCGAGACUUCAAGGGUCGCACGCCCAUCCACCUGGCCUCUGCCUGUGGCCAUGCUGCAGUUCUUCGGACCCUGCUGCAGGCCGCCCUUUCCACAGAUCCCCUGGAUGCCGGAGUGGACUACAGUGGAUAUUCGCCCAUGCAUUGGGCCUCCUACACUGGACAUGAAGAUUGUCUGGAGUUGUUACUUGAACACAGCCCAUUUUCAUACCUGGAAGGAAACCCCUUCACUCCUUUGCACUGUGCAGUAAUUAAUAACCAGGACAGCACCACAGAGAUGCUGCUGGGAGCUCUGGGUGCCAAGAUUGUGAACAGCCGUGAUGCCAAAGGACGGACCCCUCUUCAUGCCGCUGCCUUUGCGGACAAUGUCUCUGGGCUCCGGGUGCUGCUGCAGCAUCAAGCUGAGGUGAACGCCACUGACCACACCGGCCGUACGGCGCUCAUGACGGCGGCUGAGAACGGGCAGACCGCCGCUGUGGAAUUUCUGCUGUACCGAGGGAAGGCAGACCUGACCGUGUUGGAUGAGAACAAGAACACUGCCCUCCACUUGGCCUGUAGCAAGGGCCACGAGAAAUGCGCCCUCAUGAUCCUGGCAGAAACCCAAGACCUUGGCCUUAUCAAUGCUACCAACAGUGCGCUGCAGAUGCCACUCCACAUUGCUGCCCGGAAUGGUCUGGCCUCUGUGGUGCAGGCCCUGCUGAGUCGGGGGGCCACAGUGCUGGCUGUGGAUGAAGAAGGUCACACCCCAGCACUGGCCUGCGCCCCCAACAAAGAUGUGGCAGACUGCCUGGCCUUGAUCCUUUCCACCAUGAAGCCUUUCCCACCCAAGGACGCCGUCAGUCCUUUCAGCUUCAGCCUGCUCAAAAACUGCAGCAUCGCAGCCGCCAAGACGGUGGGUGUGGGUGGCUGCGGCGCCCUGCCCCAUGGGGCCUCCUGCCCCUACAGCCAGGAGCGGCAUGGCGCCAUUGGCUUAGAUGGCUGCUACUCAGAGUAGCCCCUUCAUGUCCCUCUCCCUGCCGGUGGCUUGAUAUCUUAUUCUAUUUAUUUAGAAAAAGUCUAUACAUUUAGGGCACUUUAAAGGAGAACACGACUGGGUGUGGGGGGGGGGGCGUGGAGGGGGCAACAGAAGCACUGGGGAGCUGCCUCUCACCCCUUUGCCACACCAUCCUGGCAGGGGUCUGGGACAGACAGGGAGCACCCCAGGCCGUUGGUACCCCCAGGGCGACCCCUUCUGCCAAGUGUCCCAAAAUGAUUGCUAAAUGCCUGGCUCCUCCUCUCUAUCCCCCUGUCUCUCAGUUCCCCCUUUCUGCUGCCAGCUCCUUACCACCCCCAUUUCCCCCUGACCCUUCUCUGUGGCCCGCUGCCCCCCUGCCCUUCUGUGCCAGGCAGACCCCUCUCUCUCCUCUUUCAUCCCCAUCACUGCCUCCCUGCUCACCCGGCCCCUCCAUCCCCGCAGCAGUGAGAAGCCUUAAUUUCCGGUACUGUGUGAGCACUCUGGGGGUGUCCCCCUCCCCCUUCUGGGGCAGCUAGAGGAUGAGGGGGGAGGGUAUUUAGCACUGGGGCCUGGAACUUUCCCCCCACUUCUGUCCCCCCCCAUCACCCCUCAAGUUCAAAUGCAAACACUUGAAGCAGCAACUACUGUACCUGGGCCCCAUCCUGCACUCUUUCUCCCCUGGCUCCUCAUAUGCAAAUCAAGGGCUGGUUCUGCCCCCACAGCCUGCCCCCCCUGGCCUGGACCCCUACCACGCACUUUAACCUCGCUUCUUUUGACUUCUUUUUUGAGGGGGGGGGCAGAGCCUGAGGCCCUUCUCUCCCUGGCUCUCCUCUCUCUCCUUUAACUUUUGAGGCUUGUCAUGAAUUUUUAAGUAAGCAUUUUGUCCUAAAGGAAACCAAUUAAUUUCCUUUCCAUUUCAAAUCACAGCACUAGUAUGUCCUACGUGUUUCAGGCAUGUGUUUGCAUGGAUGUGGAGGGAGGGAGGGACUGUGUUCUUCCUCCUGUGCCUCCCCGCCCUGCCCUGACCCCCCCCCCAGCCUCCAUGUUCCGUUAUGUCCUAGAGUACUUCCUCUUUUCCCCCACCCCCAACCCCUACUGGCCCCCAGUAACUCCUGAUCUGAAGCCAAAGAUGGUGGAAGGGGCCAAGCAGACUCAGGGGACCACAUGGACCCCAGGCUUCCCCUCUGGUAUGAGGCUGACACUGAUCUAGGGAGAAACCGUUGGGCACUGAGGUUUGGUCCCUGCCUUCCUUCCCAGCCAUGGGGAGACAUGGGGCUGCACUGUGCUUGGGGCUGCACUGGGGAGAUUCCUAUAGGUUGCCACCCUGACAGCCAAACUGGGUUGGAGUGAGGAGAGGGGGGCAGUUUUCUCUCUAAAUGUAGCAUUGAAUUUGGCCCUGGUCCCUUCAGACGCCCCCGUCUGUCCACACACAUCUCCUGGCUCACGGCUCUGGACAGUUGGACCUGCAAUUCCCCUCUCAUGUUCCUGUUCCCCCCACCCCCCGCGUCCCCCAUCCUCACACUGAUACCUCAGCCAGGGGCCAAGACACAGAACUUGAAUAUAGGUCACACUCCCUCCACCCCACAGAGCACCUGCGCCCAGUUUGGCUGCCAUCAGUAUUGUCCCCCAAGAACUGGACAGGCUUCGUUUACACAAUACUGGGUCUUUCUUCUGGGGACCCCCCUCCCCCAGUCUCCUUCCCUUGCCCAUGGACUUGCUUUCUUCUUCAUCUCACCCACUUUUCAGUUGUGUCUCUGUCUUGCCACCCUUGCCGAGGGUGGGCAGAGGGCCCCCCCCCCCCCAGUUGGUCCCCUUAACCAUACCUCAUGCCCUUCCUGGAAGCCUGGAUUGGCCAUCCGAGUCUUCCUGCCUCAUGUCUACCCCACUCCCUCUCUGCCCCCUUCCUUUAUGUCUUGCUUCCUGCCACCUCUCAGUUCCUAAACCAUUUCAAAGCUUCCAAGUGACCAUUCUUGGUGAGAAGGAUUGUGCAGCAUUUAGUUUGUGAUUUUUGUUUUCAAAGCCAAAGGGCCUUGCUAUGCCCCCUCGUGCCCAGCACCCCCCACCCCUGCCCUCUCCUGUCCGCCCCUACACGACAAUCAAUGUGACCUCUCUUUAAGGGCUGCAGCCCCCACCCACCCCACCCUGCUGGUUCUGCGAUGCUCGCCUCUCACUUCAGUUCUCGCUCUCUCUUCGCUCUCUCUUCCCACCUACCCGCAGCUCCUCCUCCACCCCCACCCCUCUCAUUUUGGUGCUGGGAAUUAGUUGGUGGGGGACAGAGGGAGCAGGGAGAUGGGUCCCCCAGCAAAGACCCUCCCUCGGGGAUCAGUCGUGUUCUCCUUUAUUCAUGUCGGGUUACGACAGGAAGAAUCGGCGUCAGGGUCUAGAACCCCUUUGUUUUGCUGGAUGAGAUUUCUGGCGGCUGCCUGGUCUCGCUGCCCUAUUCGGCCAGCACCUGUCAGCAGUGCUGGGGCCGGUUGUGGGGUGUGCAUCCUCUGUCCCUCCUCAUGUGGCUGCGAGGAGUCUGGAGGGUGAGCAGCCUCCUCCUUAUGCCAAAGGAAAUCCCACACCCUACCCCGGGCUCCCCAGCCCCUUGUUUUUUGAAGCAUUUUGACCAUU